GCAUGCAGUGUAACGGUGUCAGAUCCAGAACCUAAUCUGUACUUACUUACCUUAAAGGAUGCUGAAACUGCGAGAAAAUUUGAAGAUGCAAAGUUCGGAGUCGAAUGCGCCAGUCUUGUCAUCGUGAUCGCCUUCGUCCUUGAAAUUCCGCUGAACCUCUGGAUGUAUGGAAUUCGACACUACCUCAAAAGUUGCGUGGAGACAUUCGAUGCCCUGGUCUGCAUCCUCAGUUUUGCCGCCGAUGUGUACGUAAUAGUCCUAACCACACGCGAACGUGCGGAAGAAAAUGCAGCUUUGGAGGAGAAACAGGCCAGAACCUCCAAUUCCACCCUGUGCUUGGGUGGCAAGGAGAAGUCAGCUCCGAUUGCUGAAGCAGCCGGACUGCUCAUACUAUUCCGACUCUGGCGUAUUGUACGAAUCGUCAACGGUACGAGUUUUUAA